CUUCUAUCUGUGCCAUUACAUUCUACUUAGUUGAACCACUUCAUUACUCUACUUCUUCCCUCGUUAUCAUGGCUCCCCAGAAGCAAAUGGUCCUCAAGUUGACCUCCUUCCGCUACAAGAAGGAGGGAAUCUCCGAGAAAGAAUUCCACGAAUACGCCAGCAAGUCGCAUGCCCCUAAGGCAGCCAUCGUACAGGCUCGCCAUGGCGCCAUCAAAGUGUGCCAGUACCACACUCCAAGCGCCAGCAAGAGGCUUAUCACUGAGAAGAUCCCUUGGGCCGUACGUCCAGGCUGGGAGAUCGAAGAUCACGACAUCAUGGUGUGUGUGUACGUGCCGGAUGCGGAGACAGCACAGGCGAUUGUGACAGACCCAGACUUCCAGAGCCUCGUGGCUGGAGAGGACGAGAUCUGUGACCAGACCCGCGCCAAGUUGACUGCGGGGUGGGAGGAGGUGUUCGUGGAGGAUGGCAAGGUGGUCGAAGCCGACUAUGGUACAUUUGAGGAGCUCACUAGCCUUGGCCAUGAUAGCAAGCCCACUUCGGCUCCCGAGGGCAUCCGCAUCUAAAAGGGAAAUAGAGAAGAUAGCAUCAAAUACCUAGUUAGCUCCGCCAAUAAGAUACGUGUGUGAUUUGUACUAUUUGUGGGACUAGC